AUGGAGGAGGCUACGUUCGUCAAGUCCCACGUCGCGGCCUUGUCUGGGUUACCCACGACGUAUCCAAACACGUUUGAGCCAGCUCCCGAAGAUUUUUCGCGCAAGUUACCGGUCGUUCCGAUUGAAAUACCCCCGCCUCCUGAGCGCAAGAACGCCCAGCCUAGUGCAAGUGGACAAAUAAACGUCACGGUCAAAUCCUUAAAGCCUGCGUUGGCGUUUCCCCUCGUUGUGCUCCCCACUGACUCCAUUGCCUCUAUCAAAGAGCAACUCGCUCAACACUCACGUGCUCCUCCUGCCGACGCCCAGCGCCUGUUGCUCAAGGGAAAGGCCCUCGCUGACAACAAGCUGCUCCAAGAAUACGAUAUAGGCGACGGCGCUACCAUCAAUCUGCUUAUCAAACCCGGUGUCGAGUGGACUGGCAUAGAACGCCCAAUGGCAACCUUGUCUGAGAAAUCGCCCAGCCAUUUACGGCUGCCCUCGCAGGAGAACAUUCCCUCGGUUGUGCUUUCUCCUAUUCCGGAUCCAGAGGGCAGGGCUCCUUCCCCGCACGCGCUCGCACUUGACGCGCCACCUCCUCCCAUAUCUUCCUCCGUGCGCCAAUCCUAUCACCAGACCAUCUCCAACCCCGCCUUCUGGGACAAGAUGCAAGCUUUUCUUUCUGCCGAGUUUUCAAACAGAGAGGAUGCCGACAACGCGUUCGAAGCAUUCCUCAUCGCGAGCAAGGAGCAGCUCACCGCCGGAGAAAUAGCCAAGAUACGCGACGCGACCGGCAACCUCGACCGGCAAUUGGGUGAUCGAUUGGACCAUGUGCUUCGAUGCACCAUAUGCUACCUCCAGCUCCCGGCGGACGUUUUCGGCAAACUUUCUCCACAGGGAUGCCGCUUGCCCCCCAUGGCUACACAACAACCAGAGCUCUCUGGGAUUGCGCCUGAAGGCUCCCGUUCUGUCCCCUCUAGCCCUCGGGACGAAAAGACGCCAAGCUUUGACGAGAAGAAAGAUAACGAAAAGUCCUUGGGUGUUCAUGAUUCAGAUCAUGGCCACACCGAUUCGUUCGGGGACGAAAAGCUCGAUCCACAUGAGCCUUUCCCAAUCGACCCAGAACAUGCCGAUGAAGAGUACCAACUAACUCUUCGUGCGCUUGUAGUUGGUUGGAUGCUCGGAGCUGUCGUCGGUGCCUCGAACAUCUACCUCGGUCUCAAGACCGGUUUCACAUUCGGUCCUCAACUAUUUGGUGCCAUCUUUGGUUUUGCCAUCCUCAAGCCCCUGUCCAAAGCAUUCACUUUGCAGUUUCUCCCUGGCUGGGUGUGGGGUGGUGAAUUCGGUCCCAAGGAGAAUUGUACAGUCCAGACUGCGGCCACCUCUGCUGGAGGCAUGGGCAUCAUCUUCGUUUCUGCUGUCCCUGCGAUGUACCGCAUGGGUUUGAUGUCGGAAUUCCCAGAUGCCGACGUAGGAAGGCGAGUAGAUGCAUUGAUCGCACUCACCGUUAGCGCCGCCUUCUUUGGUGUAUUCUUUGCAAUUCCGUUGCGCAAGUAUUAUAUCCUCAAGGAGAAGCUGAUGUUCCCUACCCCGACCGCCACCGCAUUCACGAUCCGCGCGCUUCAUGCGGGUCGCACCGGUGCCGAGGCCGCUCGGAAAAAAUCGAUCGGUCUUGCCAGCUCCUUCGGUGUCGCGUUUUGCUUCAAGGUCGCUGCUGGCUACCUCCCUGGCAUCAUCUGGGACUGGCACAUCGGUUGGACUUUCUACCGUCUCGGAUGGACGAACAUGAUCGAGCUCGACAACUUUGGCUGGUGGCCUGAAUUCACCCCUGCUUUCUUCGGUGCUGGUAUGCUUUCGGGUAUGAACGCCUCUUGGAGCUUCUUUGGAGGAUUCGUUCUCGCUUGGGGUAUCAUCGCUCCUUCACUCAUUUCUACUGGAGGUGCAGUCGGGAAACAACGCUCUCCCGACGAUUUCCCUGAAGUAUGGAGCUACCAGGCGAUGUCUUUCAAGACUCUCGAUGAAUAUGUUCACUCCCCUUCACCUCGCUACUGGCUUCUCUGGCCUGGUGUGCUUAUCAUGUUGGUCUACUCGUUUGCCGAGAUGUUCAUGAGCUCGCGCGCCGCAUUCAAGAGCUUUGGCAAGCUUGGCCCUGCUAUUGUCAAUAACAUCCGUCGCCUCAGGACUCGUGGAGAUCCGAACACCAUUCACCACGAAGAGGACAACGAUCCCACUCUCCCCGAAGAUCGUGUACCAGCAUGGGCGUGGGGCACUGGUCUUAUUCUCAGUUUGAUUAUGUCCUGUGCUCUCUUGGCUACUCAAUUCUCGCUCAACGUGGGAGAAGUCAUUCUUGCGCUUGUACUCGGUUUUAUUUUCUCGUUCAUUGGUGUCCAGUCUUCCGGUUACACCGAUAUCAACCCCGUUUCGACAGUCGCCAAGGCCUCUCAGCUCAUUUUCGGUGGUGUGACCAAGGGUACUGGUGCGGAGCUCAAGCCUGCGCAGGAAAUCAACUUGGUCGCGGGUAUCAUCGCUGCCGGUUCUGCCGCUCAGGCUUGUGAUAUGACUGGUGAUUUGAAGACCGGUCACCUUUUACGUGCCAAGCCCAAGAAUCAGUUUGUCGCUCAAGUCACCGGCUCAAUUGUGUCUGUCUUUUUGGGCGUUGGCUUGUUCGUGCUCUUUACCAAGGCAUCUCCUUGCAUCUUGUACCCACCUGAGGAUGGUAUCUGCUCCUAUGGUGCUCCAUCCGUGGCCGCAUGGCAAGCUGUCGCAACUGCUGUUACUGCCGAUAAACUCCCCAUCCCUCCAUCGAGUGGAUACACCGCUAUUGGUCUCUCCAUAGCAGCUGUUAUCACCGUUGUCAUCAAACACCUCUGGAUCCCGCGCAAGUACUGGGGCUACAUCCCCAACUGGAAUGCCAUUGGUCUUGCGUUUGUCGUUCCUCAGACGUACUAUGGCACUGCCAUGGCCGCUGGCGCGACUUUCAACUACCUCUGGGAGCGCCGCAACCCUCGCAGCUUUGACAUGUACAUGUUCCCGAUUUCGGCGGGCAUGCUUGCGGGCGAGGGUCUCGGAGGUGUGCUCCUCGCGCUGUUGUCUGUCGCAGGAGUUGGUGCAGAUGGUGUCAAGUAUGGCACAUCUGUGGGUUGCACGAGCCGAACUCAGCAUACAAAUCCUGCUCAGGGUACUGCUAAAGGCGAACAGUCAUGGGAGGUCUUUCUGGACUCGACCGACGAUCCCAAGCAUCGAAAAACGGCGCGCAAAUGGCUUAUUGUAUUCGUCUUGUCAACCUCGUCAACGUGCGUAACGUGCGCCUCGUCUGUUGCAGCCAUGGCGCGUCCAGGCAUUCAAAGAGAGUUUGGAGUUUCGUCACCUGUUGCAAUCCUCGGAAUUUCCUUGUUCGUGGAGGGUUUAGGGAUUGGUCCUUUGCUUCUGGGUCCGCUCUCCGAGUUCUUUGGCCGUCGACACAUCUACUGGGUUUCUUUCUUGUUCUUUGUGUUGUUGAAUCUCCCAGUUGCAUUUGCUCCGAAUAUUGUGGUCUAUCUUAUUUUUCGUUUCUUGACUGGAUUCUCUGGAGCGGCUUUCCUUAGUGUAGCCGGCGGGUCAGUCGCAGACUUGUUCUCCAAUGAUAAAGUGGCCAGUCCUAUGGCACUCUACACGAUUAGCCCGUUCAUCGGACCAGUCCUGGGGCCCGCAUUCUCAGGAUUCAUCAACCAAAACACCACUUGGCGCUGGACAUUUUACACCAUGAUUAUUUGGGCGACGGUACAGCUCGUUGAGCUUUAUCUGCUUGUUCCAGAAACAUACGAACCCGUGCUCCGAGUGAAAAAGGCGCGAAUGUUAAGAAAAACGACAGGGGAUGAUAGAUGGUGGGCACCGCUUGAGAAGAGUAACAAGAGCAUUAUCCGGACUAUAAUAGCGAGUUGUUAUAAACCAUUUGAAAUUCUGGCAUUCGAGCCCAUGGCCCUCUUGCUGGAUAUAUGGUGUGCUCUACUUCUUGGAAUCCUGUACCUUUGCUUCACUGCAUUCCCUACAAUCUUUGGCACCAACCACGGCUUCAACACCCAGUCUGUUGGAUUAUCGUUUAUCGGGAUAGGUAUUGGGAUGAUUUUUGCCUUGGCGUCUCAACCCUUUUGGAAUCGUUUACAAGCUAGGUACAACGAACGGCAUCAAGGGGCGCCCCCUCCGGAAACUCGCCUAUUUAUCGCUUUUACUACCCCUCGGAGCGUUCACUGGGUGGUGCCUAUCAUCGCGUCUAUUCCUUUUGGAACAGGGACUGUAUACGUAUUUACUUCCGUAUUUACUUUCCUGGUGGUCGCGUAUAGGCCCUAUGCCGCAUCUGCUAUGGCAGGAAAUUCCUUCUUGCGGUCCGCGUUCGCCGCGGCCUUCCCUUUGAUUUCUGGACCGAUGUACAAUCGACUCGGCACGGUGGGCGCGACUGCCCUGUUGGCAGGGUUAACUGUAUUGAUGGCACCUCUUCCGUGA